UAAAGUACUAAGCAGUCUUGAAAGAAAGAGAAAAUUCAGAUGGGGCCUGAAACGAUGAAGGGGCCUUUUUGGAUCGUGUCUUGUUUCUUCGUAUUUGGUUGUCUUCAGGUGUUCUUCCGCGAGGUGAUAGCCUUGGCUUCUUUGGAUGCGUUCGCUGAAAGUUCUGUCGCAAUGAAGCAAGCUAUGGUAGUGUCAGGGAUGUCACCGGUAAUGGUUAAACUAGUUGUUCCAUGGGUCUCGUGGAAAGUUCUUCCAUACAGUGGCAAACUCACCCUGCCGUUUGUCCUUUAUACAGCUGCAUUUGUGAUCACCACUGUUGCUAGUUCACCCGCAUCACGGUAUGUUGGCGUUAUUUCUCUUGACGUAGGCAGCGCAAUGGCAGAAAGUACGUUUCUUUCUCUUGGAGCUUUUUAUGGGGACGUCGCCGUUAUCAGUUUCGCAGCCGGGGGUGGAUUGGGUACAGUAUUAGGUGCUGUUUAUUACUCAGGUAUAUCAACAUGGACGUGUGUUCCGCCAAGAAUCGCAGUAUCAUUUCUGAUCCCCUCCACGUUCUUUUUCGUUAUUACGUUUGUGGUCUUGGACAAGUCCUACGUCGAUCAACGAUCGGAAAACAACUCUACUUCCUUCCCAGAUGUUCACUACGAUACUUUUGGCGAUCAAAAAAAGAGAGCAAGCCAGUUAAGCACGAUGACAGUAAAAGUGCGAACCUUACUCCACUUAUUCAUGCCCAUAACUUACCUCUUUAUGCAAUACUUUGCGGAUCACCUCUCGAUUCAAACGAUCAUCCCAACACUGGCAUCCACAGGCGAGGCCCACGAUCUCCGUAUUGGUCAUUACACUUACUACUCGCUCGCUCAUGAUAUCGGCUCACUGAUUGGACGCUCCUAUCUUCUGCUGCUUGCAAUCACAUGCCCAUGUGUAGCCAGUCAUGCGCAAAUCAAACACAUGUGGAUACUAGCUACUGGUGGUAAUAUCAUGAUGUUUUGCCUUGUGUUUUUGUCAUGGUUUCACCCUAUUAUUGAAGUGGAAGUCAUCCUGGUUUCAUGCUUCAUUAUUGGCCUUAUAGCAGGGAGCCAUUACGCAAACUCGCCUCUUGUCAUAACUGAACAAGUUAGAAAUGUAACUGAGGGAGAGUUCGCACUGGGCAUACUCACACUGGGAUCAUCCGCUGGAAUGUAUGCGGCUGGGCUCUUAGGAUUGUUCUUGAAGCCAUAUCUAACUCAGCACUGUCUGUUUGUGUUAGGCAAAAACUUCCCAAAAAAAUUUUUCAGUUUCAAAGGAUGGAUUGAAAACGCACACUGUCGAUAAUACCACAUGAAAUACUUGAGGACUAAAGUUGGUUAUGUUGAAUAGUUAAGCUCCACACUGAGAAAGGUUUGUCCAUGGCAUUUACAGCAUUCAUCAGAUUGAACGCCACCACGUUUAUAAAAUUAUUCGCGAUUCGUGUGCGGUGUUUAUUCUAUGGCGGCGUUUAUUUAGUACAGGAAAAUGUAUGUCAAAGUAAAUUUUUGAAAAACUUUUCAAAGUCAAUUUUUGUCGUCGUCGGACAUCAUGUUUACAAGUCAGUUUAGACCCCCGUGACGGAUCAGGAACCAGAAUGCACAUGACACGCGCGAGGAAGCAAAGGAACAUGAUGUUGACGU